AUGGUGGAAACUAUUGGAAUAAUGUCGACAGCGGUGGCCUAUCCAGUGGUGAUACUGCUGUUACUAACAGCAAGGAUGUCGUUGUGCGUUCCAGCGCACUUCAUGGAUGUGGAGCAACACUUUCGAAACAUCGAUUUGGACGCGGAGCAGACUGAAGCUCGGUACGAUCAGGAGAUGCUCUCUGACAUCAUUAACGAUAACGAUCGAGGUGAGCUUCAGAAGGCGGAAUCGUGUCUGGUUGACGAUUACAAGUACGACCACGGACAGAAGAUACAACGACUCGAUCCGUGUGAAAUUUGUCUCUGCAUCGAUGGUGAAAUAUUCUGCUGGUGGAAACAGUGCGAUUCAUUUGCUAAAUCUGCCGAAGAAUCGGAAUCCCAAAUAGGAGCUUCUCAACAAGAAUCAAAAAGUGAUCUACCUUCAUCAGAGUUGAUAUCUGAGGCAUCAACCGCCACCAGCACAGCUAACGCAGUAGGCAUACCAACGACAAAGUCACAAGGACCCUUGGACUCAACAUCCAUGGACGGUAACGAUGACAGCAAUGGUGCAACACGGCUGACACUAUCAGAUUCACUGACUGACGGUGACACCACGGUUGUUAGUAGUACGUUACCGAUCUCGACACCCUCAUCACGUGGCCAGAGCACAGAUCAUGCUUCUUCAGAAGCGGUUACCCAUCACGGAUCGGUACACACGCCGGACACGAUCGAAGGAAUUCCUAAAAAUAUUUUGAGCUUCCCCCAAACGCCUCCAAUAAUGAUGUAUCGUCCGGUAGCAACGGGGCCAAUAACGAGUAUCCCACCAAAAGAGGGAAAAUUCGCGGAUGGUAGUCGAAAAUCGAAACAUGGAUCUACAAUUGAUGACCGAACGUUGGAAAGCAACAAACCCAGCUACAAGUUGUUAUGCGAAUUUAAAACGAUUAUGAAAAAAACCGUGUCAAAUGGUGAUCGGAAACCAACAGUAGCCAUUGCAAGUGACGCUUUGCCGAAAGUUUUCCCGAUUGAUUCUAGCAGGAAGAAACCUUUAAAAAAAGCUUACGGCAAAACGCUUGAAGGAACGUUUAUCAACAAUGGUAAAAGUUCUCAACCCCCGCAAGUCAAGUCCGGUUUGGAACAGCAACAGCAGUUUGGGGGUUAUGGUCACGGAAUGAUUCACGAGCCAGAGUCCGAACGGCGAUCAGCAACGGUUCAACAGAGAAAUCACGAUCGCGAUGUUCCACAGCACUACAUCAUCACCUCAUCGGGGCAUGUGGAAAUGUUUGACGAUAGUGGAGCGAUGGGUGGGUCAGAAGUUGGCACUGAAAACCAGGACACACGUAUCCCGGAAGCAGACGGGUUUGAGAAGCAGCAGUAUCGGGACGUACUCAGCUUCGACGGACGAGUGUCUUCCCGUGUGGUGCAAGAUCAACCCACAAACGGUUUAAAUGAUGAAGAUUCUGAAGACACGGAUAGUGAUGAAGAAGACACGCAAGAGGAUACGGGUGAGCAGCAACCAGAAGAUGCAGUUGCUAUUGCGCCAGCGAUCAUGCUAACGACAAAUGUCACCCAAGGCAAAUACAGUCUUGGGGAAAGGCAGCCGUCGACGCAGCAGCCUGCCUCAUCAGCAUCGGUUAUUGAUAUUCUCAAUUCAACCACACUCGAGACGGACUACGUCGAUGGAAUGAAUCAUUCGGAGCUGAUCUAUCCGGAAGUUCCGUCGAUUAGUAGUAGCGGUGGCAGUAGUAGUAUUAUUAGCAGUAGCACUACCAAAUCCCCAACGAAACAGGAUCAAAGUGGACAGCACUGUGUUGUAAUGGGUGUUACAUAUCCGGUGGGGGCAGUGCUAAAACAGGAAACUGGAAACUGCUUGCAGUGCGUGUGUGUCGCUGGUCCGGAAAAUGAUCCUGCCCCAAGGGUAACAUGUACACCACUAAACUGUCCUCCCUUGAUACUGCCGGAUAUUCUGGAUGGGGCUGGAUUCUAA